CUCCUCCGGCCGCAGCCAGCCGGGAGCAUGGGGCAGGUGGCUUGGAAAGGUUUAUUUCUCUCCCUGUUUGAUUAUAAAACAGAGAAGUACGUGAUCGCCAAGAACAAGAAGGUGGGGAUUCUCUACCGAGUGGUGCAGCUCUCCAUCCUGGCGUACCUGGUGGGGUGGGUGUUCAUUGUCAAGAAAGGCUAUCAGGACACAGACACAUCACUCCAGAGCUCUGUCAUCACCAAGCUGAAAGGGGUGGCCUUCACCAACACCUCAGAGCUGGGGGAGAGGCUGUGGGAUGUUGCAGACUAUGUCAUCCCUCCACAGGGUGAAAACGUCUUCUUUGUCAUGACGAAUCUGAUUGUGACCCCCAACCAGAGGCAAGACACCUGUCCUGAGAGUGCCAGCAUUCCUGAUGCCCUGUGUUACAAGGAUGAGGACUGCCCAGCAGGAGCAGCAGUGGUGGCUGGCAAUGGGGUUAAGACUGGCCGUUGUCUCAGAGACAAGGACAGCAUCAAAGGGACUUGUGAGAUACUGGCCUGGUGCCCUGUGGAGAAAAGAUCCAAGCCCAAGAAACCACUUCUUGCCAGUGCAGAGAACUUCACUGUUUACAUCAAGAAUUCAAUCUCCUUCCCCAAGUUUAAGUUCUCCAAGGUCAACGUGUUGUCAACUGACAAUGAGUCUUACCUGAAGAGCUGCCGCUACAGCAGGGAGCAUCCCUACUGCCCCAUCUUCCUGCUGGGGAACAUUGUCCAGUGGGCUGGGAGCGACUUCCAGGAGAUGGCCCUGGAGGGUGGUGUGAUAGGAAUUCAGAUUGAAUGGAACUGUGAUCUUGAUAGAGCCCCUUCUGAAUGUAACCCUCACUAUUCUUUUAGCCGGCUGGACAACCAGUUUGCAGAAAAGUCCAUCUCUUCUGGGUACAACUUCAGGUUUGCCAAGUAUUACCAGGAUGCUGAGGGGGUCGAUUACCGGACGCUCAUUAAAGCCUAUGGGAUCCGCUUUGAUGUGAUGGUGAACGGGAAGGCGGGGAAAUUUAACAUCAUUCCCACCAUCAUCAACAUCGGGUCAGGCCUGGCUCUGAUGGGGGCGGGAGCUUUCUUUUGUGACCUGGUGCUGCUGUAUCUGAUCAAAAAGAGCAACUUUUACCGAGGCAAAAAGUACGAGGAAGUAAAGUCGAGUUCCAGGAAUUCAUUGUCCAGCCCUGCCCUGAACAGGAAUCAGAGCCCUGACCAGCUGGGGGGGCUCUAG